AGUUCUGGGCCUCAGUGGCGUAGAAAUGGACACUGGUGGGCGGGGUGGGCUACGGCCCCGCAAGGGGAAGCGGGAGGGGGUGACUGCGAGAAAGGGGAACACCGAAGAGGUGUCAGCGACUCCUGCUGCCGCUACCUCGUCCACCUGUCAGUACAGGUGUAUUGAAUGCAACCAAGAGGCCAAGGAGUUGUACCGAGACUAUAACCACGGCGUGCUGAAGAUAACCAUCUGCAAAUCCUGCCAGAAACCUGUGGACAAAUACAUCGAGUAUGAUCCUGUUAUCAUUCUGAUUAAUGCUGUUUUGUGCAAAGCACAGGCCUACAGGCAUAUUCUUUUCAACACGAAAAUCAACAUGCACGGAAAACUCUGCAUAUUUUGUUUGCUUUGUGAAGCCUAUCUGAGGUGGUGGCAGCUUCAAGAUUCAAGCCAGAACACUGAUCCCGAUGACUUCAUCAGAUAUGCUAAGGAGUGGGAUUUCUACAGAAUGUUUGCAAUUGCUUCUCUAGAACAAGCUGCCUUUUUAAUUGGCAUUUUCACUUUCCUGUGGAUAGAACGAUCCAUCACAACCAAAAAAAAACCCAACUUUGUCUUGCUGCUGAAAGCCUUACUGUUGUCGAGCUACGGAAAGCUCUUGCUGAUCCCCGCGGUCAUCUGGGAGCAUGAGUACACACUGCUGUGCCUGAGGUUCAUUAAAGUCUUCGUCCUCACCUCGAACUUCCAGGCGAUCAGAGUGACACUAAACAGCACCCGCAAGCUGUCCCUCUGCGCCAUCCUGUGCGGCUUACUGAUGGAGAGCACCAUGGUCUACUUCUUCAGGAGGAUGGAGUGGGACCUCGGGAGUGACUGCGCCAUCUAUAAGGCGCAAGACUUCUGAAGAGGAACCGAAGCACCCGAGUGUGCGUGCGUUCAGACAGGUACCCUUCUCAAGUGAGACAGAUGUCAUUGUGGACAACCAGGGCCCUUCCACAAACAUCCCCGGCCUCCAGGACGUUAGUGCAUGUCUCACAGGGUCCUUCACUUUUGUCAUGCUCAGUGACACCCACAUCUGUGUCUUCCCUGCACCUGGAGCCCGUUCUCACGACUCCUCUGACUCCUCCGCCCCGACUCACUGCCCGGGGGUCUCAGACCCCGGAGUCUGCCCCGCUGACAGCUUCUCCUGCCCUUCCCAGCCGUCCACCCCCUCCCUGCCAGCAUCCCUGCCAGCAUCCCUGCUUGUGCGUCCAUUAGACGUCUAGUCCUGCGACCCCGAUUUCUGCUUCUGACUUAGUUCACCUCCCUCUUAUCCACACUGCAACCUAGAGGCAGUUGCUGAGCCCCUUGAAGUCCGCCAGCUUCUUGCCCUUCUGUCAGACUCAUGACUUGGUAGAGCCAUUUGGUGAGUCUUCCCAUCUGUUUUCUCCAUAAAUCACGGUGGCUGUCGCUCGCUCAGGCCCUGCCUGCAUAGGCAGAGACCCUUCCUCUGCCGGACCUCUGUCUCACCGUCACCUCUAGUGAACCUCCCGGCAAGCGGCCUGAAGUCUCCCCCACACGCCUUAUUCCUGGGUCUGCCGCCACUUUGCUGAGAACGGAGGCUGUUACGAAUUCCUCGAGCUUCCUUCUUCACCCCAGAACUUCUCUGACGGGGCGUCUUCCCUGCCCCUGCCCUCCCUGCGGUGGUCUCGGAGCUGCACUCAGUGUCCUCGUCCUCCCCGGCUCUCUCCGUCCUGCUCGCGUCCCCCUCCCUGCGGCCUGGGCAGACCCCUGGGUCCCGGCGCCCAGAGGCAGAAGGACACGGAGCCCUGUGAGGGCAGGCUGAGGCAGUGCUCCGCUACCCCUUCCUCGUCUGCUAUAUGGUCCUCGUGGGCGGCUCCAGGCCAUCCUCACCCCUGUCCACUCUGCCUCCAUGCAGAGCCCUUUCCCCUUAACUUUCCUCUGGCAGUGUCCCUGGUCCCCCAUCACUCAGACGCCAGCUCAUCCCUCGUCAUCAUUCACGACGGCCUCUCUGGGCCUCGGCCCUUCCUGGUGCCACGCACGUCUCUGUAGAGCUCCUCUCUGCUGCCCCCUGCCCCCCCCCCCACACUUCCUACCAUUUCUGGGGCCGAUACAGGAAAUCCUUGUCUCUUCCCAAGGAACCAUAGUUCCGUCCAAGCUUCUGUGUGGCCCUCCUUAAUCUGGUCCUGAUUAAUACGGCUCUUCUCCGCAGACCCGUCCCUGCCCUUGUCCUCCGCCACAGUCCCCUCCUCUCAGGGACGAGCUACACAUUCCCCGGGACCCGGCGUGGCCUCUUCUAUGCCCACCCAGGCCCAGUCUGUCAUCUUGGCUCCUCUGCGGAAGGAAGACCUUUCCCAAACCCCUUCGCUGGCCUCCCGGUGCCCGACACCCAGGGCCAGCGUCCUCAGCAGUCGCGGGUCCUGGAUCUCCCAAGACUGUCCCCGGGCAGAUGCUGUGCCCCCGUCAUGAUUUCUGGUCAGGAACACAAGGUCACCGUCUGGAACAGCCACUCGGAAGCCGUUGUCCUCCGCCACAUCAGCUCCAUUGUGUCAGAUGCUGUUCGCGUCCACGUGUUCGUGCCUGACGCCCCUGGACUCCCCCAGGUCUCUUGGUGCCGAGAAACCAUGGCUGAGGCCCCCCGUGUCCCCCAUCGUGCAGGGCCCGGCCCAGUGAGUACGUGGUGGGUGGUUCCAGUAGACGGGGCCGUUCCGCAGACCCCUGUCAUCACCCACAGCUCGUUCUUUACUGUCUGUGGCGUGACCAGCUGCAUCUGGAGAAGGCAGAUACAACCAAGCUCCUUGUUCCUGUUGAGUAAAGUUUUGGGUGUACUUCCUGAAAAAGAAGGCAAUGCUAACAGCAUUCGAAACCCCGACCUACAACCCCUCACCCCUGCGUACAGGAAACAGCCUAACCACAUACAGAUACUCCCAGGCCCACAUAGAAACUCACACAGACACAAGGGAUGUUGUGUGCAACAAGCGAGGAUUUGUACAUUACAGAUCACUCCAGGUAAGUGCUGAAAUGAAGAGAGGAACAUGCAUUCAUGAUUCACAGUAAAAAUCUGUGCUUCAGCCCUGGCCGGGUAGCUCAGCUGGUUAGAGCAUCGUCCUGAUACACCAAGGUCUCGGGUUCAACCUCCAUCAGGGCACAUGUGAGGAUCAACCAAAGAAGGCAUGAAGAACUGAAACAAUUCAGAUCAAUAUUUCUCUCCCUUUCUCUUUUCCUCCCCCAUCCUCACUCUCUCUAAAAAUUUUUUUUAAAAAUGUGUGUUUCAUGCCUAUGGCAUCUUUAUAUCUUUUAAAUGUUAAGUUACUGCCUUUAAAUAAUAUAUUUACAAUAAUAUUUUGUAUUCUUAUAACAAUAGAACUUUUAAUAAAGUCAGAAUAAACUGACCAAAAUGUAAAAAACUUUUUCAAUUCAGUAUCUUUCCCUGUAACUAUGUUACCUUUCAAUUUGGCUGGUCCAGAAAUAAAUAACUAAAAAUAA